AUGUCGCUCCGCUCCGCCGUGCUCGCCGCCGCGCUACCAAACCUCGCCCGCACGUCCUUCACGCGCGCGGCGCUCUCGUCGGCGCUGGCGACCCUCCCGCCCUCGAGCCCCGACCACCGUGCCGCCCCGCUCUCCGACGAUGUGGUCGACACGCUCUUCGGCCCCGGGUCGAGCGGGCCGCGCGCGCUCGUGCGCGCCUGGGAAGACGAGGGACUGAGCGAGAUGGAAGGCGCCAAGGGGAGCGUGAAGGACGUGCUGGCCAAGCGGCUCGCGUACUCUGCGGCCGUGGGCGAGCACCUCGUCGAGGCCCACGCGCUCCUUGCUACACCCACAACAACCCCCUCCAUCCCGAUCCCAUCAGACGUCAUCGCGCGCCUCAGACCACUGGCGCGCUUCUCCACGCCGCCGCUAUACCGCCCGUUCGCGGCCGGCGCCGCGCGCGCCGCCGAGGGGCCAGUGAACCGCGUGCUGGAGGCCACGGGCGGCCGGCUCCCCUUGCUCUCGGUCGACCCGCUCGCGCCGCUCGCAUACGCGUGGCGCGUGGCCGACGCAGCGGUGUACGCCGCCCAGCCGCAGAAGGGCGCCAAAGGCCCGGUCGGGGAGCCAGCGGGCGCCGGCGUAGAGUGGUACACUUCGCGCGCGGCGCUCGCGCUGGCGUACCUCACUGCUGAGGCCCACCUCCUCCAGCCAUACCCCGCGACCGAGGGUACCGUGGACAGCGCAGCGACAAACCCCAACUUCCCCGCCGCAAAGGACCAGCUCGCGCGCGCACUCCGCCGGUACGACGACGCAAAGGGCAUCCUGGCUGCUGGGGAGAACUCGGCCGACUCGCUCAUUGGCUUCUUUGAGCUCGCGACGAGGAGUGUGGCUGGUAUCAUUAGGAGCCGGGGGUUCUAGUGGCGAGUGUGGUCUAGUGUAGCAUGUAUUGG